AGGGCGAGGAGAGCGCGGGCAGGAAGGGGAGGGGAACGCACCUGGGAGGGAGGGAGGGAAGCCAUGGGCGACGACGGUGGUGGUGAUGGCGCCGCCUCCGCCUCGCCGGACGCGGGGUUCUCCUACUUCGCCGUCUUCCACAACUACCCCCUCGUCGCCGCCUUGCUGGGCUUCGCCGUCGCGCAGUCCAUCAAGUUCUUCGUCACCCGGUACAAGGAGAACAGAUGGGAUCCUAAGCAGCUUAUUGGCUCUGGUGGCAUGCCAUCUUCGCAUUCUGCCACAGUUACAGCAUUAGCAGUAGCGAUUGGCUUCCAAGAUGGUUUUGGCAGUGCCCUAUUUGCGACAGCAGCAAUAUUCGCAAGUGUGGUUAUGUACGAUGCUUCUGGUAUCAGAUUACAUGCUGGGAAGCAAGCAGAGGUGUUGAAUCAAAUAGUCUGUGAACUUCCUGCUGAACAUCCCUUGUCUGAAACAAGACCAUUGCGUGAACUUUUAGGCCAUACUCCCACCCAGGUUGUUGCUGGAGCGUUGCUUGGGUGUAUGCUAGCAACAGCAGGGCAAAUGUUCCUUGCAGUAACAGGUGCUGUAUGAUGCGGUGUUUGAAGGUGGAUAUGGGAACUGCUAGCAUUUGCAGGAACUUGAGAAGAAGCUUCUCCAGUGUUCUGUCACUUAGGUAUUGGUAAGAUUUGUAACAAUUUACUGUAGUGCUGUUGAAGUUUUGAUGGCACGUGAAUGUGUAUGUUCAGGUGAUGUUCUCAGGAUUGUGUACAGAAUAUUUGUUCGAUAAAUUCAUUAUUCCGGUGAAAUCUAAAA